UCAGCACACUGGAAGCCCAACCCCAGGUGGAGACAGCAGAUCCGCAACAUGACACAAAACGACCAACGUACUCCAGUACUCCAAUUAGAUAGGAUGCUUUGGGGUACAGGCUCCCGAUACAUGACAUUGUGGGUUAAGGUUUGUGGGGAAUAUGUGAGGGGUCCUGUGACACUACGCCAAGACGCCAAGGACGCGUCCCUGACUGAGUCGCCCUUGUGGCCUUGGGAUACUCUGCUGUCCUCGACAGUUUAUUUCUUAGCAGUUCUCCAUGAGACACGCUCCGUCUUGGGAACCAUGUUAGUCGCUAGUUGGUCAGACUACGUUUGCUUGCCACCGUGUUUCCAUGGCACUGCUGGUACCGUAGCGUGGCUCUCCAAGCCCCAACCAACCCCUUUGAGAACAACAUCCAGACAGCCAUGGCAACAGCAAGGCGUUAUCCGAGUGCACUACAGACGCAGAAUGUCCAUCAUGUGCAGAGGCGACUAGCUCAGACCUUGACUACGCAUACCGCAAGCCCCCGUAGGAUAUUGAUAUGUAUUGCACCUGGCCAUGUCUGCUGUAGACCCAAUAUUGCUCUCGUUGCGUUUAUCCCCAACCGGCACUGGUGUACCUGCAUCUCAUGCAUCGACGGCAUCUGCCUAUCUACUUUCAACUCAGCCUCAGGGCACAGCCGCUCACGGAUGCGCUAGAAGAUGCAGCGAACCUUCGUUGCAGCGCAUUCCAAUAGUCGCUUCUAGGACGAAAUGAACCAACAGC